CUUGUGAACAAUGCGGAUGCGCUGUUGAAGCUGUCCAAGAGGGUGCUCGGCUCCACCCUCGUCAACGGCGUUGUCAAGCGCACCUUCUUCCGCCAUUUCUGCGCCGGGGAGAGCCAGGAGGACAUCCGGCCGCGUAUGGCGGCGCUGUACGAGGCCGGCAUCGGGGGGAUACUCGACUACGCGGCCGAGGAUGACGUGGACGCGGCGGCCGGCCCGGCAUCGCGCGCGGAGCCGCACGACACGGUGGUGGCGCGCACGUACGACUACGACACCGAGGCGGCCUGCGACCGGCACACCUCCAUCUUCCUGCGCUCCAUCGCCGCAGCCGCCGACGGCCGCGGGCAGGGCUUUGCCGCCAUCAAGUUGACGGCGCUGGGCAAUCCAAAGCUGCUGGAGCGGGUAUCGGCGGGGCUGGUGGCCAUUCGCAAUCUGUUCAGCCAGUUUGACCUCAACCACGACAACGUUGUGUCCCAUGAAGAAUUUGAGUCGGUGCGCAACCUCACCCUCUUGAUUUCAGCUGACUCCCAGCAAGCUCGCAUGAAUCAGCUGUUCAGGUACCUGGACAAGGAUGACACCGGCGUUGUAGACUUCCUCUCCUGGUCCCGCCGCAUCCGCCUCCAGGACAUUCCCCAGAUUAUAAAGCAUUGCAAGGCGCCGGGACCGCUGUCCUUCACGGCGCUGAGCGAGGAGGAGCUGCGGCUGCUGAACAACCUCAUGGGCCGCCUCUACCAGCUGGCCGAGGCCGCCGCCGCAGCGGGUGUACGGCUGAUGGUGGAUGCUGAGCACAGCUACUUCCAGCCGGCCAUCGACCAUGCGGCCAUGGAGCUGCAGCGCACCUUCAACAAGCACACCCCCACCAUCUUCAACACCUACCAAGCAGUUGUUUUGGACUCGCACGACCGCAUAAUGCUGGACAUGGAGCGCGCACGGCAGGAGGGGUUCCUGUUUGGGGCCAAGCUGGUGCGCGGCGCAUACCUUUACCUGGAGAGGGGCAGGGCAAAGGAGAAGGGCUACCCCUCCCCAGUUCAUGGCAGCAUAGAGGCCACACACGCCAACUAUGACCAGAUUGUGGAGGAGGCCUUGGGGUCGGUGGCGGCGGACGGUGCGGAGAUCAUGAUAGCGUCGCACAAUCAGGCGUCGGUGGAGCGCGCGGUGGCGCUGAUGCACGAGCGCGGCCUGGACCACCGGGAAGCCGGCGUCUACUUUGGGCAGCUGCUGGGCAUGGCCGACCCCCUCACCUUCGUGCUCGGCGCCAGCGGCUACCGGGCGUACAAGUACGUGCCAUUUGGGCCGGUGGAUGAGGUGAUACCAUAUCUGGUGAGGCGCGCGCAGGAGAACAGCACAGUUCUGGGCGGCGUGCAGAAGGAGAAGUCCAUGGUCUCCGCAGAGCUGCGCCGGCGGAUCUUCAGGCUCGGCCGCACCUGA